AUGGCUACUGAUGGAGAUGUUGAACAACCUGCACCAACUGUGGCUGAAUCUCCUAAUCAACCAAUUGUUGAUACUAGUAGUCCUUUUUACAUGCAUCCCUCUGAUAAUCCGGGAAUAGCCCUAGUUCCUGUUCCAUUUGAUGGAUUUGUAUAUCACUCAUGGAGAAGAGGUGUAAUGAGAGCCCUAUCGGUGAAAAAUAAACUAGGCUUCAUCGAUGGUGACUGCAAAAGGCCAGAUCCAGACUCUUCAAGCUAUCGAUUGUGGGAGAGAUGUGAUGAUAUGGUGAGUUCAUGGAUUUUGAAUUCCUUGGCAAAGGAGAUUGCAGACAGUGUUGAAUAUGUGACAGAUGCAGUGGAGUUGUGGAAAGAGCUAGAAGAUCGAUAUGAUCAGACAAAUGGAACAAAGCUCUACCAAAUUCAAAAGGAGAUUAACGACUUGUCUCAAGGAGCACUUGACAUUACUGGCUACUAUACAAAAAUGAAGAAGCUGUGGGAGGAACUCACUACUCUAAUUACCAAAUCUCAUUGCACCUGCAAUUGCACAUGUGGAGCAAGGGAAAGUAUGCACAAAGCAGAACAAGAUAGAAGAUUAAUACAGUUCCUUAUGGGGCUGAAUGAGACCUACACUGUUGUUCGAGGAAGUAUCCUCAUGAUGAAUCCUCUUCCAACAAUUGCACAGGCCUUCUUAUUACUGAUUCAAGAGGAAAGACAGAGAGAAAUUAAGCCUCAUAACUACUCAGCUCUUGAGUCAUCAGCCCUAAAUGUCAACACAAACAGGACAACAUCAUUAAAGACAAAUUAUUCACCUAAUUACUCUCAAAGCUAUAGAAACAACCCUUCAAUUGUACCAUCUACCCAAUGGCCAGACAGGAAAGACUUCCAUUUCCUCAGAAAACUAAUACAACCAAUAGGAUUUUUGAGCUUCUACAUGUUGACUUAUGGGGACCAUAUCAUCUGCCCACACAUGACAAGUACAAAUAUUUCAUGA